UUUAUAAAAAUUCAAAAACUGUUCAGGUUACCGUCACCACACCACACAGUCCACUCAUCAACCACGCUCUCCAUCUCACUCCUAGAUCUCCGUCGUCACCUACGCCGGUUAAGAAAUUUUAAGAUCUCCAGGAAACCUGAAGGCCUGUUCAGCAAUUCUAUUGCUUAGUCAUGGUUGCUGUAAAACGACCUUCUCAAAGGAUGUGAUACUAUUUCUUGUAAGUUGACUAACGCCACAUAUAUGAUGUCUACAACUGCAGUUGUUGGACUAAGAGCAGUAAAAAUGUUAUUGGGUUCAUCACCUUAUUACUCUGAUGUCAGUGACAAGCUGUCCUGCAGUAGCAAUCUUGGGUUCAUAUUUGUACCGGCUACAAAUUUGAUCGCUUCAAAAAAGUCAUCCAACUAUGGCCAUGGAUUUAUAUACAGCCGGGAUACUCAUUCCAUCAGAGCUCUGAAGGAACAUGUAGAUACGGCUUUAGAUCUUCCAAGCACAGACCAAUGGGUUCAGAAGUUUGACCAUUUAGAUGAGGAAGUCUCUGAGCAUGAGCUUUCAGUUGAAGCUUUGCUCUUAUUACACAAGUCUUUGCUGGAAAAGCAGUGGACCCUUUCAACAGAGAGGACCACUACAGCUAAUCCCACAGAAAGAAACAGCAGAAAGGUACAUGUCACUGGUUCUGGGAUAUCUGCACGAAGGCGUCGAAUAGAUGCUCAGAAUAAAACGGCAAGUAGAAAUUGUUCUGUAAAUCAAGUUGGUGGGAGUAGGCAGUUGAGAUCCAUAAUCAGUCCAGAACUCCUUCAAAAUUGUCAAAGAGGUUAUCUAAAAGGUGUAAGAAAUGAAGCGUUGCUCACUCACUCAGAGGUAGUUGCUCUAUCAGAAAAGAUCAAAAUUGGCCUACACUUAGAGGAGGAGAAGUCAAGACUGAAGGAAAGAUUGGGAACCGAACCUUCAGAGAAGCAGCUUGCAACUUCCCUACAGAUUUCCCAACUUGACUUGCAAACUAAACAGACCGAGUGCACUUUGGCAAGAGAGAAGCUGGCACUGAGCAAUGUCCGUCUGGUGAUGUCUGUUGCACAAAAAUACAAACACAUGGGAGCCGACAUGUCUGACCUAAUUCAGGGAGGUCUGAUUGGACUACUCAGAGGGAUAGAGAAAUACGAUUCAUCUAGGGGGCACAAGAUCUCUACAUAUGUCUAUUGGUGGAUACGGCAGGGUGUCACAAGAACUUUCUUUGAAAAUUCCAAGACCCUUAGAUUGCCUACUCACUUGCAUGAAAGACUGGGUGCAAUCCGAAAUGCCAAGUCCAAACUAGAGCGAAAAGGAAUAACCCCAUCAAUCGAUAAAAUUGCGGAAAGCCUGAAGAUGUCCAGAAAGAAAGUUACAAACGCCACUGAGGCAGUCUAUAAAGUGUUCUCACUUGAUAAGGAAGCUUUCCCUUCUUUAAAUGGUCUUCCUGGAGAUACACUUCACAGUUACAUUGCAGAUGAUUCCCCUCAGAAUAACCCAUGGCAUGGAGUAGAUGAAGGGGCUCUCAAGGAUGAAGUAAGAAAGCUGAUUACCAUGACUCUAGGAGAACGUGAGAGAGAGAUCAUCCAUCUUUACUACGGUCUGGACAAUGAAUAUCUUACUUGGGAGGACAUCAGUAGGAGGAAAGGUUUGUCAAGAGAACGAGUUAGGCAGGUAGGCCUUGUUGCACUGGAGAAACUAAAACACGCUGCCAGAAAUACAAGACUAGCGGAAAUGCUGGGCUAUGAUUGAUUUUGGUAUGCUUUGAUGUGAUAGGAAUAAAUUCCCUGUACAUACAAAACGUUUUGCUAUUAAUUUUUUUUAAUCAUAUUCAAACCAGUAUAUGUUUACUGACUUAAAAAA